UCGUCGGCAACGUCACACGUGUACAAACUACCAGAUGUUGACAUUUGACAAAACUGUAUACAUGUUUUCUACAGUAUAACGCAAGGAAAAUGUAAUCUGCUCACUCAAAAAACUGGCCAUGGAUAGUGAGGCCAUAUUUUAUGGCAUCAAGCUGGUCUUGGUGUGCAUUGUAUGGUACAUUUCCAGUGCGAGCGGAAAUAUUAUUGGAAAGUUAGUUUUGACAGAAUUUCCGUAUCCUAUGACAGUGACUCUCGUGCAGCUUACAUCAGCAGCAGUUUAUUUAGGCCCGAUCCUAGGACUUUUAGGUGUCCCUCACACAGGCAAUGUUCCUAAAAAAUAUUACUUCACCAUGAUUAUUCCACUUGCAUUGGGAAAAUUUUUGUCAUCACUGUCUUCUCAUGUCAGCAUCUGGAUAGUUUCUGUUUCAUAUGCUCACACUGUGAAAGCCACCUUGCCAUUAUUUACUGUUGUUCUUUCAAGAGUUCUGCUUGGGGAAACACAAACAUUGCCAGUAUAUUUAUCAUUACUGCCUAUUAUUGGAGGUGUUAUCAUUGCUACAUUAACAGAAGUAUCAUUUGAAUUUAUGGGAUUACUUAGUGCUCUUGGUGCUACACUAGGAUUCUCAUUAAUGACAAUUUUCUCUAAAAAGUGCCUACAUGAAACUGGUCUUCAUCAUUUACGACUACUAGUGUUACUGUGUAGAAUAUCAGCUUUAUGUUUCUUCCCUGUUUGGUUGAUGUUUGACUUCAGAAAAAUUAUUUACAGUGAUGAUACAGUAGUAGAGGGAAAAUCACUGACCACCCCAGUAUUAUUAUUGUUUUUUGAUGGCUUGUUCAGCAUGUUACAGAAUGUAUUUGCCUUCACUGUCCUGGCUAUGGUGACUACGCUAAGUUAUGCUGUAGCUAAUGCCACAAAGAGAGUGGUUAUUAUUGGUGCUUCCCUGUUCGUUUUACAGAACCCUAUUACUAUGUCUAAUUUUGUUGGAAUGAUGAUUGCAAUAUUUGGGGUAUUAGUUUAUAACAAGGCUAAAUAUGACCAAAACCAAGCAAGAAAGAGAGAGACGAUCCUACCGUAUAUUCAUAGUGACUCGAAUCUCAAUGCACAUUAUAAAGGCAGUCUUCCUCAUUCCAAAAGUAUGUCUAAUCUCCGAGAAAAUGGAUAUGUCCAUCCUGAUGAUCAUAUAUUGUUACAGAAUCAAAUACAAAUGGAUCAUGUGACGUUACUUCCACCAAUGAAACAGGAAAAAGAAAGAGGCAGUUUUGGACUUUCAGAUUUGCAUUCCAGAGGAGUUCAUCAUGUGUGAUAUAAAUGUUUAUAUAUAAUUUACGCAAUGCAGAGAGAUCUAUCUAAGAAACUAUUUGUUUUUUAUUGUCGUUCUCUUUUUUUGACUACUCAUUUGAGGUUAAUUCAUUUUUAAACUGUGAUAAAAAAAUUAGAAUAUCAUUAUGUUGUAGCCAUUCUGUCAAAGUGAAACCUGUCCAAACAAAACCCCUUUUAAACUGAAUUUUUAGUUAUUUUUACGUAAUGUUGAUUCAUUAUUAUUCAUGGGAUACUAAUUUUAGGGGAUUUAUUGGGUACAGGUAAAGAACAAAGAAUUUUAAAUGUUGAAUGAAGCAGAAAUUUUCAAUAGACUCAUAUGCAAACUUUCUUAAAACAACAAAAUUUUUAAAUCCACGAAAAUUGGUACCCAUGAAAUUAUAUGAAUCCACAGUAGUUUGGUUUACAGAGGUUUCAUUACUUCAGAAUAUUUACUGUAUAACCUAUUUUAGUUAAAUCUAGGUUCUGGUUUAUGCAUGGUUUAUUUCAACAGGUUUUGAAUAUGCAUUAGAAAAAUUAAAACAUGUAUGUACUUUUCAUAGCAUGUGAAAAACUUUUUAGCUGUACAAAAAACGUAUGUUUGUUCAUCCUAUUUGACUUUCCUUGUGGGAAACAAAGUAUGGUUAGUAUAGACCAAGUCUUUUAAGUUUUGGCUCUUUAAAUAAAGAAAAUUGUGUACUUUAGAAUUUUAGAAAUUUUUGAAGAAAAAACCUAAACAGUAAUAUUCUUUUUACUUUGUUUAAACCAGAUAUAUUAAUAUAUUUUAUUGCUCAAGUUAGUAAUCAUGUUUUUUUAAUAAGCAUUAUUGUUGAACCGAAGUUUUACUUUUAAAUUCCACAAUUAUUACAUAAUCAUGUGUUUGAAGACUGUUGCAGAAAUGAUUAUAAUUGAAUGGGACACUUAUAAAUUUUGUUACAUAUUUUAUAUUUAGAUAUUUAAAGCAUUGGAGCAACCUGUUCUGAGUGAGUCUUAAUAAAAAAUUUCAAAUGAAUUAUUAUGUACAGCAAACAUUUAGUUUCUGUCACCCUUUAUACAACAGGAACAAACAGAUUUUUUUUCUGUUUUCAAAAGAAAUUGGUGAUAAAAUAAGCAUUUUUGGUUUUAUCAACUAUGAUAUUUUUCUUCUACUUCGGGUAAUUGUUUAUGAUGAUGCAAUAUGAAUAUCAUUUGUUUGAACAAAAGGGUGCAGGAAUUCAUUUGAUAAAAGAUAUCUGCAUACUUAUUUUAUAACUAAUCAUAGAUUUGUUGAUGUGAGAUUACCUUCAUUGGCUUUAGCUUGCUAUCCAGUAUGUUCUGAAUGAAAUUGAAAUAUGUUGAAUUUAUUUGUUGUUUUGGUAUUGAUGACUAUAUUUGGGUUUUUUCCCCUCUGCUUGACUAAAUUUUAGUUUGAAGAAGUAUCUUCUUGUAUCUUCCACAUCAAACAACUGUCCUAUAUCAUUGGACUCAUCACCUGUUGGACAUGGUUCAAAUCCUAUUGUUUACCAUUAAGGUGAUUGACCAAUAUCGAUGGGAGGGAGCCUUCUGAUCAUUCUCAAGCUUUCUGGAAUCUCACCCGCAGUAUUAAGAAUUUAUAGUUGUUGAAUUUGCCAUCUUUGCAAUUGGAAUGCAUUGUUGCUUUUUAUCUUAUCAUAAACUUUUUAAGAGAUCAUUGUUUCAGUGAUUUUUCUGUAUUUUUUUUAAAUAUUAAAGAGAAGGAAGGAUUUCCUUCCAUGACAUUGUCCAUGUAGGUCACCUUUAAACAAGAAGAGAUAAAAUUUACUCAUCAUAUUCAAAUGCUUUCUAUUUCAUGCAUCAACAGUACAUCAUGUAAAAAUAGAAUGCUCUCAUAGAUGACAAAUGUUAUUUUAUUUUACACUAUCCUAAAUCGGAUCUAAAGAGAACAGUAUUAUAAUCAAAUCUGACACAAUAUUUGCCUUUUUUUUUUAGGACAAUUACAAUUUCUGAGAAAUAUUUUUAAAUAGGUUUCAUGAUAUUGACUAGCUUCUUAAAUAGAAUGUUGUUUUUUCGAAAUAGUGAUUAAGUGCCCAUAAAAUGGUGUGAAAAUGACAGUACAGGAAAUUUCCCUACUAAACAUGUUUAUAAGAGGGAGGGACAUCUCCAAGUUUGAAACAUUAAAACACAGAAACUUAUGGUAUGCAGAAUUUUUCAGAGCCUUUGUAUCAAUUUUAUUUUUCAAACUUCUUUAAUCUUGAAUAUACUGUAAUACUGUUCACUGCAUGUAAAUGAUCCUAUAAUCAUGUCCUUAUUCUAGUGCAUCUGAAAUCACAAGUCUCAUUUUGAUACAAUCAGGAAAUGAAAGAUUAGAACUGCAAUUGUUUUAAAUUUGAUACUACUGGUAAUGCAACAGUUUACAUGACUAAAAAAACAUUUUAGUAAAAAAAUUAUAUCUUUCUCAAACAAUACCUGAUAUUUAACACCAAAUUUUUUCAUAUUUUAAAAACUAUUGCAGUAUGUAUUUUUUCCCCCAGAUGUAUUAAUACUCCCUCAGCAAGGGUAUAUAAAGGAAUCUAGUCUAAAUAUUAUUUAUUUAUCAUAUUUAUACAUGAAAGUUAUUUGUUAGUGACAAUUUUUUAUUAGUUGGUGUACUGAAAUCAGUCAUUAUUAAUGAUAAGCUGAUAUUGGUGAAGUAAAGUUGUAUCAACUAUAAAUAUUUUUUAAACUGAGUCACUUUUUUUUUGUGAGUAGUGUGAAGUGUAUUAAACGAAUUCUAUAAUAUUGUCUUGAAAAAAGAUAGUAGCAUGGAACAGGAUAGAAAUGCCAGGCAAGCAUUAAAUUUUUACCUGAUUAACUAAAAUCAAGAAAUGAAAAAUCCACAAAAUACAUCUUUUCCUCAAUCCGCAAAAUUGGUAAUUAUGAAUAUAAAUGUCUAUAUAAAGAUAUGAAUUGCCUUGGUCUUCCAGUUUUUUCUAAUUGUUUUUAUAAGAAAUGUUUAACAAACCAUGACAGCAUUAGACUUAUCAUGAAAUAAAAAAAUAUAUCUUGCCACUGAGUCCUGGAAAAUUUUUCAUUGAAUUUCCAGUAUUACCAUAACAUUAAAGUAAUGAAAGAUAAAAACAAUACUAUUCUUUCCUUAAAGUGUUGGUUUAUAUUAAAUGUUAUUUGAUAUCUUUUAUUUUGAAUAUUUAACCUUGCAUUAUUGAGUUAAAAAUUUAUAGUGAUAAAAUGGAAGGAAUGCAUCCUAAUAAUUUAUGUUACGAAAUAUUUGUUAUAAGUGUUUAUUAAUAUCAGUUUUGAAUGUAGAAUUAUUUAAAUAUAUUUAUUGUUUUGUAUCAUUGAUAUUUGUCUUACAUUUUUAUGAUGGUUUUAAUUGUGUUUGCCAUCACUGUUUUGACCAACAUUUACUUUAUAAUGAAAUUGUUGAUGUUGAAUGCAAAGUUACACUGUUAAAGGUAUAUUUUAUAUUGAAGGAUUAAAAGGAAAAAUAAAAAAGUUUUUAA